GAUGUAAAUAACAUUCCGAAAUACGCGUAUCUGUAUUGUAACGUUUGUUAUGCUUCAUUAAAGUAUAGUGACUUUGUGAAAGUGUAAUAACGUGACAGUGAAAUAGUGGAAUUAAAUGGUACAUAAAUAGUGCAACUGUUGAAUAUAUUCCGCUAACAGCUCCAGGUGAAAAAUAGUCAAAUAAAAGUUCCUACAGUCUUAUAGGUUACUGUUUGAUUUCAUCCGGGUUCGACUUCCGAUUUCAGAACUAUAGGGUAAAGUGUGUUUAAUCUUUUAGUGCGACGAUGCAAAAUAAAGAAGAAUUCUUAUCAACUUGACAUAACUGUUUACAAUUUGAAAAGGUUAUGUUAGUUUAUACCCAAAGAAAGUUUCAUAUUUUAUUUAAGAUUGAGAUCUUCUGGUGAUAUUUUUGAAAAUAUUAGUAAUAUGAGAAAGGCAUCAUUACACCACUAGGUGGAUUAGAACAGGGUUUUAAAGAUGACAUUACUCUGCCAACACGGUAUUGCUGAAAAAAUUUCAAACACAUCACGGAGCAUGGAAUUCUGAUGUAACCGACUGAUAAACUGAUUGAAAUUAUUUCCUUUUCUCUGUUAUACCAGUCAAUGAUUCUUCUCAAUCGAUUUUUCUCAAUUCCCAGCGAUUGGUGCAUCCAAAUUGACUAACAUUAUCAAUGCAUAACAUUAGUUCAACCGUUUGAAAGCAUCAUCUUUCAAUACUCAUAUCAUGCAAAAUUUAUUAAUUUCGUUAAUUAACUCGCCACUCUGUGCAUUUUUGCUGAUCACAUCAGAAAUGAUUUUCUACAUCAAUUAUUUCCGAUCGAAUCGGUUCACUACUGAUUUUUUUAGAAUUUAGAUCUUAACUGAUCUCGACUGCACAUGAUCAUGAUCAUACAAAAAUCGAAAUCAUUCAGAAAUACGAUCAGUUGUGAUUCGUCCCGGGUUGGUGGUUCAAUGCAUAGGGCACUGGUCUUACAAACCAGUUGUCGUAUGUUCGAGUCCCAACCUGGAAGGAUUCGUAGUGUCAGUAGAGUCGUAGCACUAGCCAUGAUGCAAUGGUUCUGUACACUCUGAAUCGGCUGCGAAGUCUGUUGAAACAGAAGGUCAAAUUCCACUACAGUAAUGUAAUACCAAGGCUUUGCUAAAAUCACUUGGAAUAAAAUCAGUAGGGAUUUUUUGCCUUUCUCAUGUAGAAAGGUUAUGCAAUUACUGUGAAAACCGACUUUUCAACCAUAUUCGGAGGGCCGAAUAUCACGUACCAUUCGACUCAGCUCAACGAACUGAGCAAAUGUCUGUGUGGAUAUGUGUGUAUGUAAAAAAAUGUCCCCAGUAUGAAAAUUUCUGGCCCGAAGAGGCGAAUGACCUUAAGGUUAAAAUCUCUAUAAUCGAAACGAAAAAGAAUUGAACUCUCUUGGUCCCACAGUGUGCUAUUGGUUUUUUCCUAGAUCGGACUUCCGGUUCGGGAGUAACGGGUUAAAAAGUGCAAAAAAUGAAUGGAAAGUGCACUCGAUUUUCUCAAAGAUCGCUCCACCGAUUUUCUUCAACUGAGAUUUAAAUCAAAGGCCUUGCAGUCCCAUAGAUUGCUAUUGAAUUUCAUCUGGAUCCGAUUUUCGGUUCGGGAGUUACGAAGUAAAAUGACAAAAAUUCUGUCUGUACUGGUAAAAUGACAAAAAUGUACUAAAAACGUGCGAUCAAGAACCGCUCAUCCAAUUUUCACAAGCGUAGGUUCAAAUGGAAGGUCUUACAACCCCUAACAAAUUUCAUCCGAAUACCACUUCCGGUUCCGGAAUUACAGACUAAUAGGUAUAAAAAUUUUAUUUUCAGGGACGUGUUUUUAUACAUGACACGAAAAAUUAAAUCAAAUAAAUUCAAAUAGCCGUAUAAUUCUGGAGUUGGAUAGAUUUGGUUAGUUGAUGACCAAAUAGACUGAUUUUGGGUACACCGAAUCUUCGGUCCAGAUUCCGGAAGUAUCGAAAAAAGUGCUCAUGUACUCCAAACCGGAAAUCACUCCAAUUGCUUAGAAAAAGCUGAACCGUUUUUCAUAAUCUAAGAUUCCAAUGAAAAGUCUCUUGGUCCCAUAAUCUGUUAUUGAAUAUUAUCCAAAUCGAACUUUUGGCUCGGGAGUAACAGGGUAAAAUGUACAUAACUAUUUAAAAAAUACACUCGUAAUUCUAGGAGACCGGUCAACCGAUUUUGUCGUAAAUUACUAUGAGGCGCCCUUUUCCAGAUUUACCUCUCUUUUUUUACCCAAGUGAUCUCUCCGAAGAUGGAGUUUUAGCCAGAGAGUUUUUUUUUUGCGCACUAUACCAACAAUGGGAGCGGCAAAUCUGCCCCGGGUGCCAUACUUCCACGGUACGCCACUGAAAGCAAUCAAUCUGGAUAUGACAAUUUUUGGCGAAUGUUUUAAAUUAGCAUUUAAGAAAUUGAGCUAUUAAUUACUAAGCCGUUCCUACGUUCACGUAACAACUCUUUGAAUGAGACGGACCUGUAAUCUUUGACUUUCUGUCUGUACUGGAAAGACAAUGAAAAUCGACAAAAUCGUGUCACAAUAAUCGAAAGAAAAGGUAAACAAAGAAUAACUAUCACUUGCUUAAACGCCCAUUCGGAAACAUUCAGCGAGGAAUUUUUUCUGGGCGGGACGAAGUUCAACUGGUCGACUAGAAAUAUAAAUAAAUACAACAUUUUACGGGUCAAUUUUAGCAUUUUUCGAUUGAUCAACAUCUCGAUGCAUCAACAUAACAACGAAUGAAAGCGAAACAAAAUCGCUAUCCGUUUGAAAGCCCAAACCAGUUAUCAGAGUGUCAUUCAAAUCCUACAAACAUUCAAAGGUUUGCUAAACUGAAAUUAUCAUCCAAAACGAGUUUACGGUUUUAAAAUAACCACGUUCCACUAUGUCUACCCUAUCUGUAUCUCAUUCAGAACUUCACAGCUUGAUUGGAACUAGGUAUCAAUAGCAUAGCAUUUGAUCUCUACUUUUUCCGUAAUUUAACGACAUCAUAUAAACCGAUUCGAAGAUUUAAUACGAUGAAAUUAGCAUUUGCAUUAGCAUUGUAGCGAUUUAAAGAUUCAGAACGUUGAAAUCUCUACAAACCGGAUUAUAAUGUACACAAAAGUUAGUUAAAAUAGUAUCAUCCUUAAAGCAGGUCGAGUUGUCUAGUUGGAUUAAAAAAAAGGUGUGAAAUACUUUCUAGUGACGUGGUGACGUAUUGAGACUGGAGAAAGAUGAUCUUAUCGUAUCGAAGAGUAAAAUUUCGUUUACGGCUACCACGACUGAAGAGCUGACUAAACGUAUGAACGAAAAUAAAUUGUUCAAAGAAAACUAGCGUAGUGAAAGAAUUACCGAGGCUGUAUGGAGGUGGUACUGCAACUUUUUGCAACCACCACGAAUUACGAGUAUUGUGUUAUUUUAUUUUUUUGUUACCACCAACACUUUUAUCCUCGAAAGUUCAACAAAACUUCAUUUUGUCCGAGCCGCGAGCCAAACUGCUCCUUCCAACUGUGCCGAAACUGCAAGGAACGCACCGCGCAAUGAAGUUUAUUUUCGUUGUUACAUUUCGAGCCAUUGGUGCAAUUACCUAAGCGUGAGAUUGUAUGCUGAACAUGUGCCCAAAAUCUCAAUACACUGUCGCCAUCUCAUUGAUGCUGAAAGGCCCGGUAAUAAGUCGUACAUACAUCAAUUUAUUAAAAAAGAAAACCAUCUCGCUGUCGGUGUUUAGUUUGCAUUGGAGGUUCAUCGCGUACGGAGCUGCUUUCGUGAAUUGCCCAUCUACGGCUGAUCGCGUCGGGAGAAAAAAAAUAAAAGAAGUGCUAAACACGGUUUAAUAAAUUUAGCGCUAAUUUGUAGGAACGCGCGCGUGGCGAGUGAAAUCAACUGUUUUUCUUUUCUGUGUGUGUGUUUGUUAAGAUGCCGAGCGAAGUGCUGGCUCCCUGUCUGGAUAAGGCACCCAAGAAGUACGAUGACAAUUUGGACGAAUUGGAUGAUUUUUUCAAAAAUUUAGCGCAAAAAUACCUACGAGAAGAUGACAACAUUCGUGAGCAAUCGUUGAAACAAUUCCGUGACUGGAUCGCCAAGCAUCCUCAUAUCAAGAAGGUCCGUACAGAUGCUCCGUUUCUGUUGCGGUUCCUAAGAACCAAAAAAUACAAUUUCAUCAAUUCGUCAAAAAUGCUGGAACGGUUUCUUGCCGCGCGCGUUCUGCACAAAAAAUGGUUCAGUCGGCUGGACGUCGAUGAACCGGAACUGGGAGCUCUGGUCGAUUCCGGUUAUCUGUUCCCGUUAGCCGAACGUGACAGCAAAGGGCGAACGUUGAUGUUCAGUGAGUCAUCCGGAGUCGAUCCGGCCAAGUUCACGGGAGCGCAUGCCUGCCGAAUCCACAUGUUGGCCGCUGAGGUGCUGCAUGAUGUCAAUGAAGUUCAGUGUGCCGGGUUCGUGCUUAUUUACGAUUUUUCCAAGAUUACACUCGCCCACAUGAAUAUUGUGUCCUUCAACGAGAUACGCAUGCUAACAAGAGUGCUCAACAACGCAACUCCGAUGCGUACUCAGGAGGUACACUUCGUCAAUACGCCGCCAGCAGCACUGACGGUGGCCAAUUUUGCUCUUCAAUUGGCAAACGAAAAGUUACGGAAUCGAGUGUUUUGUCAUCGUAACUGGGAGGAGCUCUACACCAGGGUGGACAAGAAUCUGCUACCGAAGGAGUACGGUGGAAAAAUUCCGCAGGCGGAGUUGAUUGAAAACUAUAAGCAAUUGUGUCGGCAGCUACGCCCGAAACUGCGGGCCCAUGACGAAAUGGAUAUGGAAAUCUCCGAGGGAUCCGAAUACUGGAAGGAAUCCACUAACUCCGAACUGGAAUGUGGAGCAAUCGGAACAUUCCGAAAAUUGGAAGUGGAUUGAGG